AAAAAAGAAAAAAAAAAAAAAGCAGAAGAAAACAAAAUAAAUAAAUAAGAAAAUCAACAACCGAAGAAAAACCCAUUAAAUAAAACAAAAUAGCUCUCUUUCCAGAGAAAAGAAACCCGGAGGGCAAGGAGUUUGGGGAAGCGCCGCAGCGGGACCCGCCCGCCCCGUUUCAUCACCACGGACAGCGGCCGCUGCCGGGCAGCUGCGGGUGGAGCUCAGAGCGCCGGCAACCGGGAGGCGAUCCAAAGUGGGGAGAUGAUCCUAAAUGGGGAGGUGAUCCUAAAUGGGGAGAUGAUCCUAAAUGAGGAGGUGAUCCUAAAUGGGGAGGCGAUCCAAAGUGGGGAGGUGAUCCUAAAUGGGAAGGUGAUCCUAACUGGGGAGGUGAUCCUAAAUGGGGAGGUGAUCCAAAGUGGGGAGGUGAUCCUAAAUGGGAAGGUGAUCCUAAAUGGGGAGGUGAUCCAAAGUGGGGAGAUGAUCCUAAAUGGGGAGGUGAUCCUAAAAGGGGAGAUGAUCCUAACUGGGGAGGUGAUCCUAAAUGGGGAGGCGAUCCAAAGUGGGGAGAUGAUCCUAAAUGGGAAGGUGAUCCUAAAUAGGGAGGUGAUCCAAAGUGGGGAGGUGAUCCUAAAUGGGGAGGUGAUCCUAAAUGGGGAGGUGAUCCUAAAUGGGGAGAUGAUCCUAAAUGGGGAGGUGAUCCAAAGUGGGGAGGUGAUCCUAAAUGGAGAGGUGAUCCUAAAUGGGGAGGUGAUCCUAAAUGGGGAGGCGAUCCUAAAUGGGGAGGCGAUCCAAAGUGGGGAGAUGAUCCUAAAUGGGGAGGUGAUCCUAACUGGGGAGGUGAUCCUAAAUGGGGAGGUGAUCCUAAAUGGGGAGGUGAUCCUAAAUGGGGAGGUGAUCCUAACUGGGGAGGUGAUCCUAAAUGGGAAGGUGAUCCUAAAUGGGGAGGUGAUCCUAAAUGGGGAGAUGAUCCUAAAUGGGGAGGUGAUCCUAACUGGGGAGGUGAUCCUAACUGGGGAGGUGAUCCUAAAUGGGGAGAUGCUCCUAAAUGGGGAGGUGAUCCAAAAUGGGGAGAUGCUCCUCAGCUGAGGGUUACUGCACUGUGCUGCACGAAUUGCGGUAUUCAUCUCCCCUCCUUGGUAUUUACACCAUCCAGUGGAACAGGAGGGAUCUGAACUGUGCUACAGGCUUCGUUCCUUGUUAGGAAGCAGUGAUCUGGGAUGGAGAGGAAAGAACCCAACAGAACAAACUUGGGAAAGGCAUGGAACUGUGGCACAGAUGAGGGAAAGGACCCUCGACAAGUUGAGCAGUAGGCACAGAACCUCAUGAGGUUCUACAAAGUCGAGCACAAGGUCUGCACCUGGGCUGCUGCAAGCUCUGCUAUCAGCACAAGCUGGGAAUUGUGAGGAUGGAGCACAGCCCUGCCAAAAAGGACCUGGGGGUACUGGUGGGUAGGAAGCUGGACAUGAACCAGCAAUGUGCCCCCACAGCCCAGACAGUCAACAUCAUCCUGGGCUGCAUCCAAAGCAGCGCAGCCAGCAGAGCAGAGAGCUGAUCCUGCACCUCUACUUUGUGCUGGGAAGGCCUCACCUGGAGCAAUGCAUCCAGAUGUGGAAUCCUCAGCUAGGGAGGGACUGCAGUGUGACCAGAGGAAGGCAACAAAAAUGAUCCCAGGGAUGAAACACCUCUCCUACCAGGACAGGCUGUGCAGCCUGGAGAAGAGAGGGCUCCAGGGAGACCUGAGAGCAGCCUUCGGUAUCUAAACAG